AUGCAGGAUGUGGAUUUAGGUAAGAGUGUUUCAUCUCCGAUUUUACGAUCUGAUAAUAUAGUGAUGAAUCUGAAAAAUACUUUUGGAUUCCAAGGAAAUGGAAUAGAAAAUUCUCAGAAUCAUGUCAAAAGAUAUGGAAUCAAAAUAGAACCAGAGGUCAUUGCUAAGGAGAUAAGCUACUGGCAACCUUCAAUAGUUUGUUAUGUAGUCAGAACUAAUCCUCCGGUUAGCAUUCUAGAUGGUUUUGCGAGGAGACUAUGGAAAUAUAUUUUGGAUAAGGUAGGAGUGCUUUCUCGUGGCAUUUUUAUCAUCAGAUUUCACAAUCUGGAAUUUCGUGAUCGAGUCUUAGAUGGAGGAUAUCUAUUCUUUGGCAAGAAACCUUUCAUUAUGAAAUCAUGGAAUUCAGUGGAUGAUUUCACUAAAGAGGACAUCACUACAGUACCUACUUGGAUUCAACAGGGAGGUUUAGACAUCAAAUACUGGGGUGAACGGUUUCUCUUUAAGAUAGUGGGACAGUUAGGGAAACCAAUUCAAGUUGACAACAUUACAAAACACAGGGAUAGACUAUACUAUCCUCAAAUUCUUAUUGAGGUUAGUCUUGAUCAGGAAUUUCCAAACACAAUUGUCUUCACGAAUGAAUGUGAUCAGGAAAAAGAGAUUCUUGUGACGUACAAGUGGAUACCAAUUGUAUGUCAAAAUUGCUCUGGUAUGGGACAUGAGACUAUGAUGUGCAGGAAGAAAAAUCAAGUUAAACAGACAUGGGUGCCUAAGAAGAUUGUGACAGAGAAGAUACCAGCGAUAAUGUCAGAAGAAGAUGAUGAAGGUUUUCAGAAAGUGGUUAAGGGGAAAAAGGUGCUGAAGUCUUCUGCAAUUUCAAUUACAGUGACCAAUCAGUCUCCAUAUUGGCAGAGAAACAUGGAACAGGAGAGUUACAAGGACAUGCCUGCCGAACGCGCUUUUGACUUGUACGCCAAAUCGAAGAGCAAGAAAGAGUCCCAUAAGCGCCAGUCUGGGGAGGGCUGCAGCAAUCCCCCCACGAAGAAAUCUCGAAUAGACGACCCUUCUGCGUCUACUCCAACAAAGGAGACAACUCCUCCACCAGCUCCUGCUAGAGAGGCAACUCCUCCACCUCCAGUAAACCCAGAUCCCCCAUCUCUGGUCGGAUAG